GGGUGUGGUCUGUGGACCUCUGGGCAAACAAUUGAUGAGACUGGAAGGAAAGGUAUUUGUGAAUCCUUUGAAGUAUUCUGCAAAAGUUUAUAUGCAUUUCUCCAGGGAAAGUGUGCCUUGCUUGCCUUGCUAGUAUCUUAGAGGGGUCCGUGACCUAAAGAAGGUUAAAGAAAGCACUAAAUUUGUAUUUUUAAUUGAUCAUUUCCACCCCAACAGGAAAGUUUCUCCUAGAUCUGCUCUUGUUUGCUACUGUACUUGAAGCCCUUCAGUCCAUCACAGUCUAAAUGAAGGUGGGUGGGAGAGAAUGACACAGAGAAAGAUCAGGCAUGGUUGCAGAAGUACAGGAAGAAGGACUGGUGCCAGACAGAGCUGGCAUUACAAUCCCAUCUACCAACUUAUCAGCUGCGGCCUUGACCUAGGUACUUAACUGCUCUCUGCCUCAGUUUCUUCUUCUGUAAAAUGAAGAAAAGUUGAGGUUCAAAGGUCAAUUGUGUAAAGUAUGUGUGGAGCACACAAGAUGACACUGUUAUUAUGGAGAAGUCUUAUCCUGCAGCCUCAGACAGUCCCUAACUGAUUUCUCUGUAUUCUUGGUCUGAGCCCAAUUUUCAAGGCUGGUAGGAUAGGUUGGGCAUCAGACCUCUCCGAUGAUUUAAUUGAACACGGUUGAGUUGGAAUUUCCAAAACCCUCAGGGCCAAACUCACCUUUUCACUGUCAAUUCCCCUUUCCUUCUGUCUCUUAGUACUCCCCCCAGGGCUCAAUGAUUCUUGACAAAAGCUCUAGUUCACUUUAGGAGAGCAGAAAGGGAGAGGAAAUGAUCUUCCAAAAUUAAAGAUGAAGACCUUCACUUAGUAAGGUUGUAGUUCAACCUUUUGGCCUCUAGAGGGCAGUGUGGACACGUUCGCCUCAGGUUCACAGCCAGCCAAUAACAAAGUAAGUUUUCAGUACUGCACCAAAGGAUGAAAGGAUAAUGGCAAACGUAUUCUUAGUGCUCUCCACUGUGUGAUUAUGAGCGAUUAUAAUCUUUAUACUUGGGGGUAUUAAAAUAUUGUUCUAGUUAUGACAAUGAUUUUUUAAUUGGCUUAACUAAAAAAAAGUCGGUAUUUGUAUUGUUCCAUACUUUGGGAAGAAAAUAGACAUGUCCAAGGGAACUAGUCUUUGAACCACUAUUUAAGCCUCGUUUCUGUAUUUAUUCUUGGAUAUAAGAGAAUUGAGCGCUUGACCUUGUUUUCACUAAAAGGCAAACCGGGCUGUUUUAGUUGCAACACAUGUUUGUCAAAAACAGGGUAGAGGUGGAGCUCACAGCUGGGAGAAUGCCGGCUGGAUUCCCAGGCCUUCUCAGUGAACGCACCUUGUGUCACAGCCGUAGGGGCAGGGCGGGGGCGUCUCAAAACCUCCCACCUCUCAGCCCAAGCUUUGGAGUCCUCGUCACCUUCCACUGCCCAGUUCUGGACAACAGUGAGAGUCCCAUUCCUUGUCGAGCGGGGACUGGAAACAAAAAACAGCCAGUCUUAGCUCCGAGCCCUCGUGGCACCCCUCCUGCCUCCGCCUCCAGAAGGAGGGCACAGCAGCUUGCAGGCGCGCGGCCAGCCAAUGGCUGGGGGACGAACAGAAAGGCGAGAGUGCUCCUUCACUCGGCCCCAACGUCACGAUGCUGGCCCCGCCCCUUCGCCAGCAGUCUCUGGGAGCCGGGCGGGUGAGCCAGCCGCCCUGCGGACGCCUGACGCCGAACCCGAACCCGGUAAGGGGGCUGGGGACUGGGAGUGGGAGGAGGAGGAGGAGGAAGGACUGGUAACCUGGGAGAUGGCCAGGGCCUUGGGGCCCGGGGGUGCUCCGAACCCCAUGGGUUCGAACAAAAACCCACUACCACCUCCACUCCCGCUGCUCCUCUUAGGAGCGCAGUGUGUUGCUACGAGACACUCUUGUACCAGCUGCUGGGCAAUGGCAUUGGACUGGGUGCUUGUGCUCUGGAGUUGGACAUAUCCUCCUACCUAAAGUGCCCCCCGGGGGGUGAGGCGUCACCACCCGCAAAAGGGAGGUGGCGUCUGUUUUGGAGCAGAAGGCUGCUUCUCCCAAACCUGGGACACUGGGUUUACCAAGUUUACCCGCAAGUCAGUCCUACCUGGACCACUCCCGUCUGGUUCAAGUGGGCUGCUGGGACUAAGGGCAGGUGGGAGGGAGAGUGAGGAUCCCAUGGCCCAGGAGUAAAAUGCAGACUGCUCCUGUUCCUAUCUCCCUCACAGUUUCUCGGCCUGCCCCCCUUUUUAGCAUUUCGCCAGCAAUUGGGACUCUUCUUACUCUUCCUGGAUUUGGCCUUCCUGGGGUCAGUGAGCUGCUCAAUGCUGUGAGGAACGAACUGCUGCAGGGCAGAGAGGGGAAAAAUUACUUCUUUAGCCCACUCCCUGACACCAAAGCCAUUAACUUCUCCAUUUGCUGAGUUCACGGGAAUGGCAUAGACAAGGUCUGUCACAAUGCUGCUGCACAGGGCUGUGAUCCCCCAUCUCCGACAGGCCUGCAGACUCAAGUCAGCCCCCUCAAGGCUCUAUAUUCGGGCUUGCUCUACAGAUGAUUCACUUCAGCCCCAGUGCCCCAGCCUUGCCUUCUCUGGUGAUAACUCCAGCACCGGGGGAUGGAAAGUCAUGGGGACUCUGCUAGGCCUGGGUGCAGUGUUGGCCUAUCAUGACCACCGGUGCAGGGCUACUCAGGAGUCACCACACGUAUACACAAGAGAGGAAGUGAGAUCUCACAGCAGCCCUGAGACUAGGAUCUGGGUGACUCUGGGCUGUGAGGUGUUUGAUGUUACAGAAUUUGUGGACUUACACCCUGGGGGGCCAUCAAAGCUGAUGCUAGCAGCAGGGGGUCCUCUAGAGCCCUUCUGGGCCCUCUAUGCUGUUCAUAACCAGCCCCAUGUGCGUGAGAUGCUGGCUCAGUACAAGAUUGGGGAGCUGAGCCCUGAAGAUAAGGUACCUUCCACCUUGAAGACCUCUGACCCCUACAUUGAUGAUCCCGUACGUCACCCAGCCCUGAAGGUCAACAGCCAGCGCCCCUUUAAUGCAGAGCCCCCCCCUGAACUUCUGACGGAAAACUAUAUCACACCUAACCCUAUCUUCUUCACCCGGAACCAUCUGCCUGUACCUAACCUGGACCCAGAAACCUAUCGUCUGCAUGUAGUAGGGCCACCUGGGGGUCAGUCACUGUGCCUAUCCCUGGAUGACUUGUACAAGUUCCCCAGACACGAGAUCACUGUAACUCUGCAGUGUGCUGGCAACCGGCGCUCUGAAAUGACUCAGUUCAAAGAAGUGAGAGGUCUGGAGUGGAAUAUCGGGGCCAUUAGCACUGCACGCUGGGCUGGGGCACGCCUUUGUGAUGUGUUAGCCAAGGCUGGUCACCAACUCUGUGAAACUGAGGCCCAUGUCUGCUUUGAGGGACUGGAUUCAGACCCCACAGGGACUGCCUAUGGAGCAUCCAUCCCUCUGGCUCGGGCCAUGGAUCCUGAAGCUGAGGUCCUGCUGGCAUACGAGAUGAAUGGGCAGCCUCUGCCUCGUGACCAUGGCUUCCCUGUGCGAGUGGUUGUUCCUGGUGUGGUGGGUGCCCGCCAUGUCAAAUGGCUGGGCAAAGUGAGUGUGGAACCAGAGGAAAGUUACAGUCACUGGCAGCGGCGGGAUUAUAAAGGCUUCUCUCCAUCUGUGGACUGGGACACAGUAGAUUUUGACUCAGCUCCAUCUAUUCAGGAACUUCCUGUCCAGUCAGCCAUCACAGAACCCAAGGAUGGGGAGACAGUACAAUCAGGGGAGGUGACUAUCAAGGGCUAUGCAUGGAGUGGUGGUGGGAGGGCUGUGGUCAGGGUGGAUGUGUCUCUGGAUGGGGGCCUAACCUGGCACGUGGCAGAGCUGGAUGGAGAGGAACAGCGUCCCCGAAAGGCCUGGGCCUGGCGACUAUGGCAGCUGCAAGCCCCUGUGCCGGCUGGGAGAAAGGAAUUGAACAUUGUUUGUAAAGCUGUAGAUGACAGCUACAAUGUGCAACCAGACACCGUGGCCCCAAUCUGGAACCUGCGAGGUGUGCUCAGCAAUGCCUGGCACCGUGUCCAUGUCCAUGUCGCGCCAUAAGAAGGUGAAAUGGAAUUACCUACUCCCCAGAAUCAUCAUCUCAACCCCUUUCCACACACAUCCUUUUGCCUUGUUACCACAGGAAAACCUUUCCUUCCACCUCCACUUCUUGGAUCACAACCCUAUACUAUGCCUUCCUAAACCACACACAGAUAUGCACAUUGCACAUUUCCACCCAGACACCAGCUCUCCUUUGACACUAUGUUACAUAUUCCUAUUAUGCCAGAAGUUGAGAGCUGUUGAAGAUGGAGGCUAGAAGUGGGAAAUUUCUGUAAACAAGCACUCUUCUCCUCCUACUCCACCUCCACUUCUAGUGUCUAUCAUCACUUUAUUUUGCUUUUCCUCUUGGGAGUCUUCAGAAAAUGUGUGUGGAUAUGUGUACAAAAAGUGUAUAUGCAACUUUCUACUGACUUUCUGGUUGCCAGGGGUCGUGAGAGGUGCAAUCCUGCCCCUUUAUAGUUCCACUUUUCUAAACGCAUCAAUAAAGUAUCUGUUUAAGACACAACUCCGAAAAAAGAAAAGAUUAUGACUUUGGGGACUUCUUGAGGCUGGAGCGUGAGCAUAUUGCAGGAGGGAGGUGCACUGGUACUGGGAUAUGUAGUGAGAUAAUCCCAAACAAGGUGGGGGGGGGGGGGAAAGGGAAGUAGGUGCAGGGAAGUCAAAAAGUGGGGCUUCCUUCUCCGAGGUCCGCCAGUAUCUGUAGCGUUGCUUAGGUGACUCACCUAAGAAUACCCUCAAGAGAGAUUUUUUUAAAUGGCAUUGUUAAGCUCCUCCCGCCCCUCCCCAUUUCUAAACACUUGGCAGGAAAAGCAAAGAAUUCUAAGAGGCUAAAAUCAAUAUUGCCA